UGGGCCUCUGGGAACACCAGAUCUGCGCAGUGGACACCCUAGCCCGGCUGCUCCAAGUCACCAUGGACACUGAAGGCUUAUCUCUGCUGCUGCCCCCAACCACCCUGGCAGCCCUGGCAGACAGCUGGCUCCGAGAAGACUGCCCAGGCCUCAACUUCGCCGCCUUGGUCACUGGGGCCGCCCCCUCGCAGGCAGCUCUGUGGGCCAAAUCCCCCGGGGUCCUGGCUGGGCGGCCUUUCUUCGAUGCCAUCUUUGCCCAACUCAACUGCCAGGUCACUUGGCUCCUCCCCGAGGGAUCGCAGCUGGUACCCGUGGUCCAGGUGGCGGAGGUGCGGGGCCCCGCCCACCGCCUGCUCCUGGGGGAGCGGGUGGCCCUUAACAUGCUGGCCCGCUGCAGUGGCAUUGCCAGCGCUGCCGCCACGGCUGUGAAGAUCGCCAGGGGCACUGGCUGGACAGGGCACGUGGCGGGCACCAGGAAGACCACGCCAGGCUUCCGGCUGGUGGAGAAGUACGGGCUGCUGGUGGGCGGGGCUGCGUCGCACCGCUACGACCUGGGAGGGAUGGUGAUGGUGAAGGACAACCACGUGGUGGCCGCCGGCGGUGUGGAGAAGGCAGUCAGGAGCGCCCGGCAGGCAGUCGACUUCACUCUGAAGGUGGAGGUGGAGUGCAGCAGCCUGCAGGAGGCUGUGCAUGCAGCUGAGGCUGGGGCCGACCUGGUUCUGCUGGACAACUUCAAGCCUGAGGAGCUGCAUCCUAUAGCCCAGGCACUGAAGGCCCAGUUCCCAAGAGUAGCUGUGGAAGCCAGUGGGGGUGUCACGCUGAGCAACAUCUCUCAGUUCUGUGGGCCCCACAUUGAUGUCAUCUCUUUGGGGAUGUUGACCCAGGCUGCCCCGGCCCUUGACUUCUCCCUCAAGUUGUUUGCUGAAGGGGCCACUCCAGUGCCCUAUUCCCGCCGUUCCUAAAGCCAAAGAGGAUACCAGCACAGCAGUGUCGACAUGACCUGCUGGGACCCUUAUGUUCCACAUCUUUAGGUUCAGUGGCCAACAGGAUACACUCAGCAUUAGGCUGGAUUUGGCUCCAGCUCUGCCAUUUACUGCUUCUGUGACCUGCCAGGGACUGACUUCACCUCAAUUUCCUAAUCUGUAGAAUGGGCCUAAUAAACACCCAAGCUUAUGGGGGUUUGAUAUUUAUAACAUAGCAAGUGGUCAGUAAGUAUUAGAGACCAUCAUCGUUCAUCUUUUCCAAGAUGCACAUUUUUUUUUCCACCUGCUGUCUUCUAUGAUGUCAGGGUGCCCCUUUAAUCAGCAAUGCUCCACAGAGUUUUAUAGCAAGACCCCUGUCAUCGUGCAACCACUGUGGCCUAUGCAUGAAGCUCAUAGAUACACAAUAUAAAUCCAAUGUUGAAUGGACUGGCAACUUAGCAAGACCCUGUCUCAAAAUUUAAAUAAAUAGAA